AUGCAGUCUACGUCGAAGUUGUUAGUAGAACCGAGGAGAUACGAACUACGUGAGUCCAAUUCCAAGGUGCUGAUCAAAAGAUGACAUCUCCCUUUCGUGGUCUCCUAUCCUUGGGGCGUCAGGCUUGCCUGUUAGCCGUGUGCACCGUUGGGCAGUUUUUACCGACUGUCCAUAGUACUAGGAUGUUUUUUUCAUUUCCGGGUGGAACUGGAAGUGCUGGUGGUGGAGGAGCUCCUGGAAGUGCUUCCGCUUCUCUUCCUGCAGGUGCAUUUGUGGCUGGAGGAGGAGCCCUACAACAACAGAUUGGGCAGUUAUGUCGUCUGAAUCAUGGAGAUCAACAUAAGUACCUAAGGAUCGAUGUGGUUGUAGUUAGGAAUGUGUCACAUUGUGUUGAACAGCUGUAUCAAUAUUAGAAACUAAAUGUGCCGGUAGUACUAUACUACUACGUACUAACGGACAACUUUUGUAAAUUUGCACCUUCGCGCGAGUCACUGCAAGGAUACGCCUGAGCUUCUACGUGAUGCAGCUACCAGCUGCGCCCUUUCGCCCUCGUCUGUCCUCGCGUCGUGUGAUGCUUCCUUUGCUGAUGGGGACGCAGCAGCAGCGCGCGCGAUCUUCAGUGGUGGCUAUGGCUUCAUACGCACUCUCACCUGGCGAGAUGCCGCGUCCUCCUACGCCUGUGAACGUGCUGGGUGGUCCUUACUCUUGAGGGACCUAGCAAAUAUCCCGGCACCUGCAGCACCACCCUGCGAGGAGAGUACGCUCCUGCUCAUCGUCGAUGCGGAAUCCAUCGUAACCCGCCUCCAGCUUCUCACCACCAAGGGAGGAGACACCACUCGGCUGGAACGAGAGGGCCUCUGCCUCCUUGAGACUCUUUGCGCGCGGUUCACCACGGUCCGCGUACACCACACGCACAGUCACAUUGGCCUACCAGUAAGUGAAUUAGUUGACUCGGCGGCUUCUGUAGCACGGGGGCAAACGCCUGCUGCAGGCUCUUGGUCCACUCCCAUGCAGCACGAAGAUGUCAAGCGCGAGCUGAUCAACUAUUUGAGCAACCAGGAAACGAGCACCCUCAAGGCACUUGCGCAUUCCUCCGGCAGUGAAAGCGGGUUACUCCUUGGGAGUUACUUGGGCUGGGAAAGGAGGGACGCACUCCAACUUUGGGGACAUCUCUCGAGCCUUUGCGCCUCGCGUGCUAUCCAAGUCACAGCUGCUGAGUUCUUGGGUGGGACCCGCUUCCGAUCCAUCGCAGAUCCAGACUGCGGCCUGGUGCCGGCGGUCUGUCCCAUAUGCUGCGCAGAAUUUGCGCGACCAGAGCACGACUUCGAGUGCCUCGGGGUGAGUGAGAUCCCCAACUUGGCAUCCCCCCAGACAGCUGCUGCAUUCUUUGCCUAUCUUGACUGGUCAAGUCGCGACUAGUUGCUGCCCUUUUGGUCACCCAGAAACCUCUCCUUUCGAGAAUGUCCACCGCAAUUUUGUCAUCUGUACGCAAACGAGACCUCCUCUGCGUCGCAUAAUCUCGGCGAGCAACGCUCGACGGAUCGUCGUACUCCGCGAUCACCCGGGGCUUGUGGUGAGGCCUUGACGCGGCGCCCCGGCUUGGAGACGACCAACACCACCACACCAACGAUCGCUACCACGUUACACUUUGGGCUCCGCUCGCUCCGCUCUGGCAGCUGGGUUGAGGAGUCCAAGGCGGAACGGUCACUGUUGCUGUUGUGCGCCUCAGUGAACACCUGCCGCCGGCUCUGUGCCAGAGUUCUUCUUUUCCGCCCUCUGGAACACGCGCGCGCGUGACGGCAUGGCCCCUACCCGGCCUUAAGUUCCCCUGGCGACUCAACACGGGCCCGCUGAAGCGCCGCAAGAGCAACUGUAUAAGACCUCUUCGACGCACUAGGCUGCUUGCUUUGCCGCACCUUCGUUUGUAAGUCCCAACGUGUUUCUGGUCUCCUUCCAUACAUACAUACAUACAUACUAGGCGCGGUUGAUGAAUAAGAUCACAUACAUGUAGUUCCAUGUAACGGAUAUCGACAAUCGAACAUCUGACGGUAUAACCCAUCUGAUUUAAUAAAUAUGGUUCGAUUUCGAACGUACUACUUAAAAAAAUGGUUUCGAACUUCGAAUGGAGAUGACAGGCCGUACAAGUUUUUGAAUGAAGUAGAUUUUUAUACGGAUGUGACAGUUCUUCCCGCAGGUCUAAUACGGCCACCGGCUGCGGGUGGGUUUUAUCAACGAGUACCCGGCACGGACCCUCAAGCGCCUGUGGCGAUAUAUAAUAGAGGUGAGGAGGCGUCCCGUGUGUUUCAGAAGCCCGCUGGAGAGACUGAUAAGCCUUGUUUGGUUAGUUGCUGUACUAAUUAAGGCUUGCCGUAUUAAUUCGAACCUGGAGAAGCAUCUUUGGCUCUGUUUUGAAGAGGGAAAGGCGUCAAAGAUGGCUGUUCCUAAGAUGGCUGUUCCACCACUGUGCUGCACCACAGAUCCAUCCACGACAGGGGGGGCCUCCCUCCCUGGUGCAGAUAUUUAUAAGGUAAGCUCUAAAUUAAGGGGUCUCCCGCAGCGACGCAAAUGGCGCAUGUGCAAGGUGGUGCGGGAUUGGCUCUUGGUGCUCCUGUUGCGAACUCGAAUAAUAUGAAAUCAUUCACGUAGUCAUGAUCGAUGUGCUUUCCUCGUUAAAUAUCUUCUAACUUCUUCAUCUACUCCAUAACGACUAGGAUCUUCGUCUAAAAAACCCGGUGGACAACGACCAGUACCAAUGACCUGUGCAGGUUCUUCUGAUAGAAGUACAUCAGAUCCGAGUUCUCCUUCGUCUCUCGCAUCGUCUUGUUGCUUUCCCGCAACUCCACGUGGACACCAACCUGGCGCAACCCGUAUGCCAGCUGUAGGUGCUGCCGAUCAGAACGGGGAUGCUAUUGACGGAGGUUCUAGCACAAGCAGCCUCUUCCCCUCAGCCUCGAUGAGACCGAGUAGUCCUACUUCGUUGCCUGCCAGUCCUACAGGAUAUCCUGGAUUAGUUCCCGCGAUACUUCCAUCUCAAAGACUCCCUUCUCAAGGAUCAUCUGGUCAGAUCUUUGCCCCUUCUUUAAGGCUACACUGUAGCAAUAGUAUUGAACAUUCAUAUUACAAGAACAACAAAGGGUUGCACUUGCACUAAGGACUUACUUACACUUAACGACUUUGUACAGAGAAGAAGAGUAGUCAGUAGAGUGAGUUGAUGCAUUUGCUACAUGAAACAGAGGACAGUCUAGACGACCUGCUGCGUGUCAAAUAUAGAAGCAGUUAGUAGUGGUCAAGUAGACAAGUGCCUCUAGUAGAUGAGAUUAUUUAUAUUCUUGAUAUUUAGGGAUUGGCAAGUGCCUCGUGGUCCGACACACCUGCGGAUCCCAUUGCCCCAGGCGGUGCAUGAAAAGUAAGUAACGCCAAAAGGAAGCUUCGCAGGCAGCGGGAAAAGGAAAGGGCAGCCGCGGCAAAGGCGGUGGCACUGGAAAAGGGUCGAAAGGCAAAGGGAAGGGCCAGCCCAGUUAACCCAGGACGACGACACGGAAAGCACUGAAGCAAACCCGAGGCGGGGGCCACUGCAAAGGAAACACUACCGCGCCGGACGUGGAUCGCGCGGCAGAUGACCAAGAACGCCAGGCAAGCAGCAGCAGCGGGCGCUCACGCGUCGCGCCACCUACCACAGCGGCGCUGAUCGAACACAUCGCCGCCCACCAUGCCGAUGCGGAGGCCGUUGCGCUCUCGAUCGGGAAAAGCUCCGGACUCGCGUCCCCGGCCCCACGGCUGGGGAUGGCUUUACCCGAUUACCGACGAAAGCUGCGCCUGUUCCUCGGGGAACAACGCACAGCGCGGGCGGGCCAGAAGCUCGGCAACUUUCCCACAAACAGAGGGGGCGGGCCUCGAUCUUGCCGCAAAUGGCUGGAGACUUUGGGGGAGACUUUCGACGCAGCGCCACACGCAUCGCGAAACCCCUCGCGCGUUCAAUGGGGGGGCAUUGCUACUUCUGGCGCUGCCUCCGCUUCAGGUGGUACCGACGCAAAAAAGGGAAGAGGCCCCGGGGCCUCUUUCGAUCGGCGAAGACACUGACAGCCGCUGGCAUUCGUUGCCGCAGUUGAAAAGCUACCACCUCUACUAACGCAGGAUGGAAGACAGAGCGGGCUGGGUGACUAAAUGACAGGGAAGACAGCGAACAAGCCACGAGUGUGGCGCAUGUGGAUAGCGGCUCUUUUGCCCUCUGUCGAGAGGGUCGAGGACGCGUCGCACUCUCGAGAAAAAAACUGCAAACCUCUUGGCUGUAAAGCCUGACCUCGGUGUGAAGCGUCACAGUGACCGACGAACGAAGGGCGCGGGCCCUGGGCCGUCGAGCACCGCGGCCAACCGGGGCCACAGGUGAAGCCGUGGCGAGGUGCUCUGGCUUCUUGGAGGGCAUUAACGCCGCCAGACUUAGCUUUGUUUUUCUUGCGCUCAAUGUGCUGACUUUCAAGGGCCGCGUCGUGUGUCUGGCUCUGAUCGCUCGGCCCGGGGGUUCUUGGGUGGAGGAAGCUUAGGGCGCGCUUGGUCGCUUAGGAGUUGUUCUUCUCUGAUAAGCACGCACCGACCUGCCGCCGACUCCCCUGGCAGAGUUAUUCCCAUCCCCUUUGCGCCACUCUGGAACAACAUGCGCGAGGGGGCGUGUGCGUGACGGCGAGGCCCAGGUCUGGCCUCAGGUUCCUCUGGGGCCUGAACAUGGGCAGCCAAAAGAUUGACAAGCGCAAAGGGCUGUAACCCGCAAGUACUGCGCCACAGAAGCCCCCGCGUGUUGAUGAGUCACUAACCUUCGACACGUGACACAUGCAUGUUCUUGAUAUUUGUACUUUCGUCUUGUUCUAAUUUGCGACUCAAUAGAUUGUUUCUAACUACAAGCAGCUAUGGAGGGACUCCCAGUUAUGAAGAGGCGAGCCGCAAAGCUUUUGCGUGUGGACUUCUCGGGGUGUGCAGUGGUGUAGCUACUGGCGUGUCAGCAAUAUUUCUCUUAUGAAGUGGUCAGACGAUUGUUUUAGUUUUUGUUUGAGAGGAUGGAUGUUGACUUAAUACUUACAAGUAGUUCAAGUCGUAAGAAACUCAGAAAUUCAGUAUGCGUCUAGUAUACGAAGAAAAUUUUUGAAGAUGUUGGUUUCGUAGGGUAGUCGAAGACAUUAUUUCACGACUUUUACAACGAGUAGAUCUAUGUAUAUCUCUAUCAAACACGACAACAACAAGACGAGCUAGUAUGACGAUAACUUCUAAUCCCCUUCGCUCCUCGUGACAGCACAGUAACCGUGCCAGGUGUAAGUGCGUCUGGUGAAGCUGCACUGGCAUCGGAGCCGGAUUUUUGCAUUCUAGAACCUAGCUUUGCUCAAGAACGUCCGGGGGCUGGUAUUUCUGGAACUCAAAGGUGAUUGAGGCUCCUUAUUUCAAACGAUAUUUGCUUUUUUAGCACGCGCUUGAGCUUGACAUGAUUGACAUUUACAACAGGAGCUACAUCACAUGAUGAAGAUCAUCAACAACAACCUUCAUUUCAUAUCACACUAUUUAUGCCUCCGUCGUAAUAAGCGCAACUACACGUACACAAAAUACAACAGCCGCAUUGCGCAAGGCGCAAGAGCCGGUCCCAGGCUCGUCUUGUUGGCAGCUUUCCGAUGUUCAUGAUGGGACUACCGCGAUUCCGUUAUUAUCCGCUAUCGGUGAAUAUCCAGAGAAAUUUGCUCGCGCUUUUUGUUAAGGCCAAUGAGAAUGAAUUGAUCACACACUUAUCUAACUUUGACAUUCUUACCCUACUUAUAGUUCAUAUAAAGGAUCAUCAAAAUAUCAAAAUUUCCAUGAUCUCUCCUAGUAAAGUAGAAGGACGACCAACACUUGUUUGACCACCUCUAACCUCCGGAGCGUGCCUUACCAAGAGAAUCCGUGCAGAAUUUUUUCAUCGACUACGGUAACAAAUUCUUCCAGUCUGGGAUGACAGAGACGGGCUGGGUGAACUGGGCUUGGCCAGCUUGGCGUUCCGCGGUUUCACCACAUUUACGGCAUUUUGAAUGUCAGUCUUCAUCUAGUUUGGAAAUGUAGUGCCCUACAACUUGAGUAAAGUCUCCUUCUCCGAAUAGCACGCUUCUCAGCACUUAUCUAACACCUACUUCCGACAUGCUCUCCAGUGUCCACGUUGUUCCACCCUAUUUGACGGCUGUGAAAGAGAACGGCCAUGUGACACCGAUGGCACUAGCAGAUGAAAUGCCUGGCGCAGAUGGUGCGCCGGCAGUCACCACGGUGACUUUCGCACCUCCAGAGGUGAAUGGAGUGGGGUUAAGGCUACUUGGUGAUAGUGUUAGCACAUUGGCAAGGAUCGAGAACAAUUCCAAUUUGAAUUUCUUUUAUCCUAGUUCACAUGAAGAAGACGAAAUUUCUACAAACAAGAACAAAAACGAGGGAACGAAAGGAAUGUCUUCAAGCAAGAAUACUCCACUUCAACUGCUGCAGCAAAGUGCUACACGACAUGUCCUCUUCUAAACUUCGUAUCAACUCCGCAAACUUCCGCUGCUCCGCUACCACCACGUGUGCCUCGACGACGCAUGAAAGAGACAACGGUGACAGAGAUGUUGGAGAUAUCCUUGGCUGACAUCAUGUUGAUGGAGUUGGCGCUGGGCGAACCGCCAGCAGGAGUGGGUGCAGAAGUUAAGGCUACCGCAAAUGCAUCCUCAAUACCAUCCAUCCUUGCUUGCGCUCUUUGUGAAGUAGGGAACGACAUAAAGGGCCAAGAAGGGUACAAUCUUCAGGGAUGCAGACGCGAUAAGUGCUCUAAAGAGGAGAUACAACGAUUCCGAUACGCUAGCGACUUCAUGUUAGAAGAUUCCGUUUCACGAUUGCCCUUGACGCCGACGCCAGAUUACGCCUUCUACAAUUUUGUGACCGCUUUGGACUUCACAGAUGCCGGAAAUCAUGGGGAAUUGAGUACAACUUCUAAGCCUGUAUCAUUUAGCAUUUAAAAGGAUUCUUGAGCAACUACGGAAAUUUAAUGAAUAUUGGUUUCGACUUUCCAAAAGAACGCCUAAUAACUUUCCAAAUGCAUACGAAGAACACCUUCUAACAUCUCCUUAAACCACAGGUAUUCCCAGCUACGAAGUGCAAAUGCAGCUCGGUAAAGGAAGGCUGACGGCAACUGAGUACGUCACCAACAAAAUGGACCGAGUUUAUCCUGCCGUUAUCACCGAUAUCAUCCACGACUUUCGAUUAAGGCCUAGUGCGAUCUUUGUAUUCCAAACGUACCAGGGAAUUGAAACGUAGAACCAAGUUCUACAGGAACAAUAUACCCUUCUUCUGGCAGCAAGUGUACUUAUAUUCAACCAAGUUCUACAGGAGUAAUAUACCCUUCUUCUCCUCUAACCCUUUUCGCGACGAAGCAGCACGUUUCUCCGAGUCUUGUGGCUUGGGCCUUGGCUGGUGGUGAUUUCGAGGCCAAAUUCAGACUAGUGGAGUUCGCGGAGGUAGCAAAAUUGCUGACACUAUCGCGGCCGCUACAAGCCAUGCAGACGAAUGUGGGAGAGAAAGGCAGCUACAGAGCAUUCGUCUACUUUCCUCCAGCAGAAGCUGAUGUUGAACAAGUAGUAAAUGAGAAUAUUUUUACUAGUAGUACUACGUCAGGAGCAGCAACAGCACCGAGUACUCCUGCUACUGCUCCAAGUAGCACCACAGCCGCGCGUACUGCGAAGAAACUGCCAGUGGUCAUCUUCGGCGUCUUGCCGAAUAAGGACUGGUACUAUUGUUUCCCUUCAGUUGAUCCUCGUGCAUAAGUACCAUUCAUUGUGAGUACAUCAUCAAGUAUCUUCAUGUUGUCAAUCUUUUGCAGCUUCCAAUUGCUAACUAAGUAAAAUAACCUGAUAAAGUUCUCGCUUUAAUAUCUCUCUCGUCAUCCUCGGUAAAAACAGUAGCCACAGCCCUCUCCCUUCCUCACCCACAGCUUCCUCUUCAAGUCUUCGAUUGUGGAAGAGGUCGAUCCACAGCAGACAUCCUUCAACUCCAAAGAGGAUGCUGCCCCUCCGAAAAUGCUCUCCAUAAUGAGUCGAGCAGCCUUGCGCAACAAGUUGUUGCCUUAUGCAUCUGGCGCCAUGAUCUACGAAAUUCCGACGGUCGGUCCGAAUCACAAGCCGAUCGCAGAGACUGCGACUGAGGCAGCAGCUUUGGAGAGUUUGGGCCAGGGGAUUGACGGUUAAGUAGAUUUUUACUUAGGUGGACAACGACAAGAAGAACAAGAAGGUAAAUCGAUGAAUUGUAAUGAUUUUGGGAUGAUAUUACAAGAACUGAUGGAGGGAUGAGUAGACGAUAAGACAUGCAAAAUGUGAAAGAACUGCGUUAUCGAGGACGACUCUAUUCUUUACUAGAACUAGAAUUACGUAAUUGAGUUUAUCUUCUUCAAAAUUACUCCAGUCUUUCAUUGUGGGGACAGGUAUUAGUGUACAAUGCUCUUCGAAGAAUAAAGAUUCUCGUUAGCGAUUUCACAUUCACAUACUGGUACUGGAAAAAUGCGAAUAUGAGUAAGAGUAUAUAUAAAUAUUAUAAGUUGGAACCGCAUUCGCAUAGAGUUUUGUUGAAGAUUAGUAUCUUGGCGUCAUGUACCGCUUCCGUAAUGACUGAAAAACUUUUGAGAACAUACAUUCCAAAGAACUUUCUUCAGUGUCUGAACUAAACAAGUGGGACGCUUUUUUUUUGAUUUUUUGCGAAACGUAAAAAAAUGGUGUAGUUUUGUUUUGUUGUAUCGCCAUCGAUAUUACUUGUCAUUGUUUGAGAAUCCGCGAGUGUAAAAAAAAAAUUCAUCCGUACAGAUAUUAGACCUGGCCGAUAUUCAUCUUGAAGCGCAUCUUUGAAGCGUUUUUCCCUUAAAAAGGAACCCAAAGAUGCCUCUCAAGAUGAGUAUAAGUGAGCCUUAAAGAUACAGCAACUUAGUCUCACAGUCAAACACCUCAUAAUCGUCAAGUGCAUGAUUACUUACACUCUCAUGACGACAUGAAACUACAUCAACGGACUACGUUGUUGAGACAUAAAAAUCUCUCCACGUUUUCGUUUCUCAGACAGGCACAGGCGCAUUGCUUCUACUGCCCGCGGGCGAUGCCCACGUGCCUACUGCAUAUGCGUUCCUGGUUGAGCUCAAAUGGAGAGUCCUGUUGACUUCUUCCUGAACGUAC